AUGGCCGCGGCGGGCGGGCGGUGGCGCGCAUGCGUACUGCUACCAGGGGCUGCGGGCGGGAGGCGGGGAGGGUGGGGGAGGGGAGCGGGCAGGAACGCGGCGGACCUGCUGCCGCCGCUGCAGCCGCCGCCGCAGCGAAGAGGCCAUGUUGUGUGGUGUAUGGGGCGGGGGGAGGAGGAGGAGGGAGUAGAGCCGAGAGAGGAGACGGGAGAGAGACACCACACACACACGGCACAAGAUGGCCGGAGAGGCAGCAGCACCCCGAGCUGUCAGGCGUUUCACCGCGGCCGCGGGGCCCGCCGGCCGGCGAGGAGCUGCUCCCGGGCGGCCCGCAGACCCGCGGGAGCAAAGCGGCCGUGGCUGGGGGGCGAGGCGGGCCGCGCGCCGGGCUGGGAGCCCGCGCGGCAGAGGCGGCCGGGGCGGCCGGGCCCACGACGUGGAAAGCGCCGCUGCGGCAGCGGCCGCCGAGGCUCCCCGGGGCCCCGGCGGCCCGACCCGUACGGGCGGGAGGCUCGGGCGGGCGCCCUGGCGCGGGAGUCGGGUGCUGGAGACCCGGAGGGGCCGGCCGCGGCGUUCGGACCCGGUGAGGUAAGGAAAAAAGAAUCCCCUUUUCACGUCCUUCCAACGGGGGAGUUUUUUUUUAACCCCUUUCCCGUGAGGUGGAAACUCAUCUUCGUGGUCGAAUUUAAAAGAACAAUGGAACCCUGA